GUACGAGCCUCUUCGUUACUUGGUAGGAUUCAUUCUUCCGCCAAGCUCCUCCUUUCUUCGCUGUACAGCAAAUACAAACGUCCCGCGGCCUUUAUGAUGGACGGCCAGAGCGAUACCAUAGGGCAAUCCACUCUUCCUACCUACACGACACUCUUGGCGUCAGAGUUUGGGGAAAUGAAAAUCCUUGACGACUUAAUCCGCCUACGUACAGCAGACGCUAUCCAGCAUCCCAUCCUCGCGUAUCCCCAGUCCGAAGAUGGCCCAGCAUCCUACCGGUCUUACACCGGACAGGACUUGGAUGCCAUGAUCAAUCAAACGAUUGCGAGACUAGAUAGCGAUGGCGUACAAGCGGUCUAUGACUCUCGUCCAAUUGUAGCACUCCUAACGAGGUCAGAUCUCGAUAUAGUCGUCACAUUCUUGGCUCUAAGUCGACUGGGCUAUACGGUUAUGAUGAUCUCGCCUAGACUGUCCAGUUCGGCGAGCGUUGCCCUGCUGGAGACCGUCGGCUAUAAGACGAUUAUAUAUAGGCGAACGCCUGCGAUCCGCGUAAUAGUGGGCGACAUCCUGCGGCAGAAGCUCCUGAAAUGUUCUCCGAUACGCUCGUGCUCCGCGAACAAUAUGGCUGAGAUACACCUUGUGGCCCUCCCCCGACAACAUAACCCCGAGGACAUCGCCCUGAUUCUCUAUUCCUCGGGAUCCACCGGUAGUCCCAAGCCGAUUUUCCUUUCGCAUCACCACCCGGGCGGGAUUUCGGUAUUGAAGGUAUAUAAGCUAGUCGCGUACGGAGGCGCACCUUGCCCUGACAGUCUGGGGGACCGUCUCGUUCUCGAGGGUGUCUAUCUAGGAGGUUUAUUUAGCCUGACCGAGGCGGGCUUAGUGGCGGAGUCAAUCUCACGGCCCCUGGGCGACCCCUUCUGGAACUAUUUAAGGUUUUUCGCCAACCUCCGGUCCUAUGUUUGGAUGAAGCCUCGUAGUGAGCGCCUCUACGAAUGCUAUCUCUGGGUCGGCGAAGCGGUCGUCGUGGGGAUCGGUAAGGCCCUCCUGGGCCUCUUGAUCUGGCGCGCCAAGGAGGCCCCUAACGCACCGCGGCUUCCGGACGCCGAGUUCCUCGAGACAAUCUGGCCUCACAUCGUGGAGGCCAAUGCUUGGGCAGAGGCCUUUUCUCAGAUAUCACGUGAUACGAUCUAUCGUACGUAUGCCGAGCGGAUAGAAUAUCUCUUUGCUAGGGACGCCGUUCCUCAUGGCGGUUACCGCCUUGACCUGGCGGCGACGGAAACUUGCCUCCUCCGACUGUGUCGGGAUGCGUUGGGGAUCCCCGUCUCUUCCGCUGCUACUAAUAUAUACGUCGAGGGUUCUGCGGCGCGCGACAAUGGUACAUUAGUCAUGGCGGAAUGGAUUGAGAAGUACUCGCGGUUUGGAAAGCAUCUCCCGCACCGGGAGGUCCUGCCCGAGUUAAAGAACGUGCUUUUGAUAGGAGCGACUGGCUCGAUUGGCGCGUACGUUCUGUUCGAGUUGCUAAAUAACGAAACGAUUACGACGAUCUUCUGUCUAACGCGACGGCACUCGCCCUUCGAUGCCCCGGUCAACUUCCACCUGCCUCUCUCCUUCUUCGAACCGCACGUUCGGGGCCUCUAUAACCUGAUCGAAUUCUCCCUGUCGGUGAGGAGGCCCGAGCCUGCGGUUAUGAUCUUUUGCUCCUCCGUGUCUAUGGCUCUAGGGGCGUCCUCCGUGAAGGUCACCGAGGAGCCUCUGCGCCUAGACAGCGCGCUGCUAGGCUAUGGGCAAUCGAAACUCGUGGGGGAGCAUAUGGUGAGCAACACGGGCUGGUGGAAGGAGAGUGAGGCGCUACCCCUCAUGAUCCGUUCCGCGAUAACCCUGAAAGCCCUCCCUGAGCUGCCCCAUAUAUAUUCGUGGCUCCCCGUGAACACGCUUGCCACGGUCAUCCUCGAGAUCGCUAGGGCGUGUUCUAUGCCUAGCCGCGACUAUGGAGCGGAUUGUGCAUACGAUAGCUCGACAGUGACCCUGAUAGAUGAUUCGAUUUACAAUGUGUGCAACCCUUGCGAGUUCUCUUGGACUGCGUUGCUGGACAGUCUCAAGCAGAGCGGGUAUGAUUUCGAGAUCGUGCCGUUCGAGGAGUGGAUGAAUUUGCUUCGUGGGAGUGAGGCGCGAGGCGAGGAACAGACUAACCCCGCUAUUAAGCUAAUCCAUCAUUAUGAGCUGUUAUUUAGUGCCAACGUGCCCUGCGGUCGCCUGUGCCGGAAGCGAUUCUUGACUAGUCAGGCAGAAAGGGAUAGCCGGACCCUGCGAGAUGGUUGCGUAAAUCUUGUCGAAGACGGCAUCCUGAGGCGCUAUGCUCAAAUGUGGUUGGCGCGGUGGGCGGUCGUGUGA